ACCUCGCCACUUCAUUUAAAAGCAAAAGCACUAUAGUACCACUCACUGACCAAGGACAAAAGAAGAAGUUUCAUAGGGUCAGGGAUUAAUGCUAGUUGGAUCACCUGUCAGAAACAACACAUUUCCACAUUACAAAAUCAUCACAUUCACAUCACUGUCUGUGCAAGAAGGGUAGUAAUUAAGAUACAGAAUCAGAACAACAUGUCAAGCCCAAAAUGCAUGGAAUUUGAAGGAGAAUUCAAGAGCUUAAUCAAGGUAUGGCUCAAAAUCCUAGCCACCCUAUGUUACUGCUACUUCAUCUCAUCAAAAUUACCCAAAGGCAUCUUCAGGUUCCUCUCCCUAACCCCAGUUUUCUACCUCUUCACAAUCCUACCUCUUCAACUCUCCUCUGUUCUCCAAAUUUCCAUCACUUCCUUCUUCAUCACAUGGCUCACAAACUUCAAGCUCCUCCUUUUCACCAUUGACCUAGGCCCACUCUCAUCAUCAUCAUCACCAAAAUCAUCACUUCCACUGUUCCUCACCAUUGCUUGCUUCCCAAUCAGAAACCCUCAAAAACAAACAUACCCUUCUAUGCAAAACCCAUCAAAAUUGCAUCUUUUGCUCCCUAUCAAAACCUUGCUUUUUGGGAUUUCACUUGUGGCCUUGAAUGACCACAAGCAAAAGCUUCACCCAAAAAUUGUUCUUGGCCUCUACUGCACCCUCAUAUAUCUCAUGCUUGAUGUUAUUCUGGGAAUCUCCAAUCUUCUGGUCAAUGCAACACUUGGGAUUGAGCUUGAAUUUCCAUCUAAUGAUCCUUAUUUCUCAACUUCACUACGUGAUUUCUGGGGAAGAAGGUGGAACCUCAUGGUAACGUAUCUUCUGCGGCACACUGUAUACAACCCCGUGAGGUCUGUGCUGUGUGGGCCUGUUUUGGGCCCCUGGUGGGCCUCAGUGGUCGGGCUCAUUGCGUCUUUUUUGGUGUCUGGGCUUAUGCAUGAGCUGCUGUUCUACUAUGUCACACGUGUGAGUCCCACGUGGGAGGUCACGUGCUUCUUCUUGCUCCAUGGGGUGUGUGUGGCGGUGGAGUUUGGGGUGGUGAAGUGGCUGGGGGACAAGUGGAGGCUGCACUGGGUGGUGUCCUUGCCCAUCACGUUGGCGUUCGUGGUGGUUACCGCCUCGUGGCUGUUCUUUCCGCCGCUGUUGCGGAGCGGUGCUGAUGAGAGAUCCAUCAAGGAGUUCAACAGUUUAAUUGAUUGUGUUGUGGGGAAAUCUUAGAAGUGGUCACAUUGGAAAGUGUUUUUCAAGAAUGAAAGUUUGAGUUAUAAACAAAAGUGACAAAUUUUCACUUAUUAUUCAUGUGAUCAUAUUUCAAAUAAAUUGAUUGUAUUUCUUAA